CUUUGAUAUCAAAGAGCUGCUACUUCAAAGAGCAGGAUCUUUUAAAGCCGGAUCGUUCGCGAACGACCCAUCACUCGGUGUUGGCAGCAAAAGAUUUUCAGUCCGCGUCUUACAUUUAAAACAUGAGCCAAGACAUAAAGCCGGAAGUUAGCAACACGCAGGAAGAAAUGUGCGAAUUCCAAAAGGUGAGAAAGUUGAUGGAGGAGCGACUAAAUGUUACUGCUGAAGAAAUAUUUGGAGUGUUGGAAAGAACCAUAGCAGAGUACGAGGAGGAACUUUCUAGGACAAAGGAGGAGAACAAACGUCUACAAGAACUACUGGAUGCUGUUUUCAAACCUCAAGUUGUGCUACACAGAGCAGACGUCCAGCGGGUGUCAGCGGGGAGUCAUGAAGAGAUUCCCUCCGGGCAGCAGGAGUGGCACACCAGUGUGGGACAGAAGGAGCUACAGGCCCCCUCCCACAUUGAAGAGGAGCAGCCCUGGGAGCAGCUUCAUGAUGAAGAUGAAGCUCAGUCCUUACAGCUUCAUCACAGUCAAAGUGAGGAGAACAGAGGGGCGGAGCUUGUAACUCAACACAUCACAGAAGCUGAUGGAGAGCAUUGUGAAGAUAUAAACUCAGAACCAGACAGCAUCUUUGCUCCACUGUCAGACAUGGGCGACAUGAUGUCAGACUCUUCUGAUCACAGUGACCACAUCCAAAAACCUUUGGAGAGUAAAAAUGACCCUAAAGGUGAUACGAGACAUCACACUAACAACAAACACUUUGACUGCUCUGAAUGUGGAAAAUCAUUUAAACAGAAGAGUAAUGUUACAGUACACAUGAGAAUACAUACUGGAGAAAAACCUUUUACUUGCUCUGUUUGUAAGAAGAGUUUCUCCAGAAAGCAAGACAUGCUAUCACACAUGAGAACACACACAGGUGAGAACCCGUUUAGUUGCUCUGUUUGUAAGAAGAGUUUCUCCAGAAAGCAUGUCAUGACCACACACAUGAGAAUACACACUGGAGAGAAACCGUUUAGUUGCACUGUGUGUGUUAAAAGGUUCAGGUUAAAGCACCAUGUCAGUAAACACAAGUGUGUAACAGUCAUGGAAGCUGCAGGGAUUUAAAAACACUUAAACAGUGAUUGUGCUAAAUGUACUUUAAAAACACAGCAUGUUUAAUAUGAAUGUAUAUUUUAUGUUGUAUGUAGUGCUUCUCAUCUUCUAGUGUUAUAUGUUGUCCUGUAAUUACUUUUUAAGUCGCGUGCAUUUAUUUAAUAUGAUUUUUGUAGCUAUUAUUUUAUUUUAUUUGCUAAAUGUUAAUUUUUUUUGUGUGUCUUAUAAAAUCACACAUUCUUUCCACUGAAUUUUGUUGAUGUUUUUAAUCAAAUUUAAAAAUAUGA